GAGAAGUGGAGAUAGAGGAGUGCAGAUCGGAUCGAAAACAGAUCUCCCACCGCACAUCACAACCAACGACUCAACAAACUUGCUUGGUGUACAUUUCUGCCGUGUUGACGGCUAAAUUACUUUUUAAUGUUCGAGUAGGCUAAGUACAGUAAUUUGGAGACGCGUGUGAUGGAUCGUCAAAGUUUGCGAGGUGGUGCAACUGUAGCGCUUCGUCGUCCCCGAAUGAUGUAGUUUUGCUAAAACAUGUUGCUCUUGCAAAACAAAAUAAACCGCUGAUGGAGUUUCGUGACAGAAUCACUUUUAACAUUUUUGUUUUAAGUACAAUUGCGUUGUUUUUCGGAUGCACGCUGGACAACUGCAACUGACGAACUAGGCUAUACAACAUCAAAAGAGGCUCAUCAUGGAGACCACAAGUCCCAGCACCACAGAAAAGAAGGAAUGCAAGGUGUCAGGCCUGGAUGGCAGUAGUUUCUCAGACCUUCCCAAAAAGCCCUCACCGACCACAGCAUCUCGAGCUCCUCAUUUAUUCUCAACUUUCCACACGCCGAUUCCGAUCGACAUGCGACACCAUGAGGGGAGGUACCAUUACGAGCCACACCCUCUGCACUCCAUGCAUGGACCUCAUGGAUUAGCUGGCAGUCCAGUUAUCUCUGAUAUCUCUCUCAUCCGACUAUCGCCUCACGCUGCAACUACCGGAGAAUCCCCCUUCAACCCACCACACCCAUAUGUCAACCCACACAUGGAGCACUACCUGCGCUCCGUCCACAGCAGCCCCACUCUCUCCAUGAUCUCCGCAGCACGAGGACUGAGCCCUGCUGACGCAGUGACCCAUGAACACCUGAAGGAGCGGAGCUUGUUUGGCCUGCCCCCUCCCCCCCCUGGGGCCAACCCCUCAGACUACUAUCACCUCAUCACCAGUCACCGCAGCCCUUACGGAGACCUGCUCAUGCAGACGGGGGCCGCGGCUACUCAUCUCCCUGACUACAUGAGCCCAGUGGACAUGUCCCGUUUCCCCAGUCCCAGACUGACGCCGAGGGUAAGCAGCAGGAAGCGAGCGCUGUCCAUCUCCCCAGUCUCGGAUGCCAGCAUCGACCUGCAGACCAUGAUCCGCACCUCGCCCAACUCUCUGGUGGCCUACAUCAAUAACUCCCGUUCCAGCUCGGCUGCCAGCAGCUCUUACGGACACCUCUCCGUCGGGGCCAUCAGUCCGUCCUUCACAUUCCCACAUCCGAUCACACCAGUUGCAUACCACCAGCUGCUGUCCCAACAGAGAAGUCUGAAUGCAUUUGGACACACUCCCCCCCUCCUACAGCCUUCUCCUUCCCUCAGUUCCCGGCAGCAGACGCUGGUGGCAGCUGCUGCGCUGACCAACAACAGCGCCGACACCAACACAGAGUCCAGCCAGAAUGCUGGUGGAGAUCCUGCUGUCAGCAGCACUGUCAACCCUAUGAUAUUCAAGAGGUCAAAGGUGAAGACUGAAACAGAUGGACCCCACCCCAUCUCACCUGGUUCUCAGGAUCACAUGGAGUUACGGGAGGAACUUGAUAAAGACGAAUGCAAGCAAGAACCUGAGGCUGUGUAUGAGACCAACUGUCAUUGGGAAGGAUGUUCCAAAGAGUAUGACACCCAGGACCAGCUAGUUCAUCAUAUCAACAAUGACCACAUCCAUGGAGAGAAGAAAGAGUUUGUGUGCCGAUGGGAGGAGUGCUCGCGAGAACAGAAGCCUUUUAAGGCCCAGUACAUGCUUGUGGUUCACAUGCGUCGACACACUGGGGAGAAGCCCCAUAAGUGCACAUUUGAAGGUUGCUCGAAAGCUUACUCUCGACUGGAAAACCUCAAAACUCACUUGAGGUCCCACACAGGGGAGAAGCCUUAUGUAUGCGAGCAUGAGGGUUGCAACAAGGCGUUUUCCAAUGCUUCAGACCGAGCCAAGCACCAGAACCGCACACACUCAAAUGAGAAACCAUAUGUGUGUAAGAUCCCAGGUUGCACAAAACGCUAUACAGACCCUAGUUCUCUCAGGAAACAUGUGAAGACCGUUCAUGGUCCAGACGCACAUGUCACUAAGAAGCAGCGUGGUGAUGUGCCACCUAAACCUCAUCCCCCUAAAGGGAAUGGAGAAAAUGAGGCCCACACAAAGCAUGCAAGGGAAAGGUCAGACGGGCUAGGGGAGGCCAACAGCACUACUCGAGGAGUGGAGGAUUGCCAACAUGUCAAGUCUAUCAAGACGGAAAACACAAUGAUGUAUCAGUCCAGCCCUGGUGGUCAGUCAUCAUGUAGCAGUGAGCCAUCGCCACUUGGCAGUGCCACCAACAAUGACAGUGGAGUAGAGAUGGCCAUGCACAGUGGAGGCAGUUUGGGGGACCUGAAUGCUUUAGAUGACUCACCUGUAGUAGAUUCUACCGGUUCUCCAGGUUCUUCUGCAGGAGUAGGUCUUCAACUGCGUAAAAACAGGGGUGGACUACUUAAUGUUGAUCACAUCAAGAAGGAAAAACUAAAAAUGGUAAGAGACUCCUGUUCCUGGGCGAAUGCUUCACCUCAAGUCCGAAAUACCAAGCUGCCUCCAAUACCAACUAUUGACUCAUUGCUGGAGACUUCAAAUAUGGGCACUCAGAUGCCUGGACCUCCAACCCAACGUUCAGGAGAUUUGUCUUCGUAUGAGAUGACAGUCCUUAAUCAGCUGCAUGAGCGCAGAGACAGCUCCACCAGCACGAUGAGCUCAGCAUACACGCUAAGUCGUCGGUCCUCUGGUAUUUCACCCUGCUACUCCAGCCGUCGCUCUAGCGAGACUUCGCAAUUUGGAGUCCGCAACAACAACGUCAGCUCAGCAGAUUCCUAUGACCCCAUCUCCACAGAUAUGUCUCGGCGCUCCAGUGAAGCUAGCCACUGCGGCGGGGCAGGUGGACUCCCAAGUUUGCUAAAUCUCACGCCGGCUCAACACUACCGCCUCAAGGCGAAAUACGCUGCAGCCACAGGGGGUGCACCACCAACACCUCUACCGAACAUGGAUCGCAUGAGUCUUAGAACUAGAAUGGCCCUGUACAAUGACUCGCAAGAAAGUUCAACACAUUUGCACCAUUCCCAAGGUGUAGUCAACUCAAGACGCUGCAGUGACACCGGCUACAGUGCCCCUGGCAUGAUGCCUCAUGAAGUUCAGGCUAAUCUUCUGCGACGAGCAAGUGAUCCUGUUCGUCGUACAACUUUCGACCCGCUCUCCUUGCCGAGGGUUCAGCGAUUCAACAGCAUCAGCAACAUGAACUUUUCCCGCCUGCCUGCAUUAGAUCGGCGUGCUUUCAACUUGCAGAGCAACACUUGUUCCGAUGGCAGCUUGCACCGCCAUCCCUUCAGCCAAAGGCCACCUAGUAUUUCAGAGAACGUUUUAAUGGAGAAUAUGGCCAGUGAUGGAGGUGAUCAGCAAGAGGAUGAUUUAGUGCUUCCGGAUGAUAUGGUACAGUACCUCAGAUCCCAGAAUGGUAGCUCCAAUCAGGACCCAGGGAUUUCUUUCAAUGGUGGUCAUGCACUAGACUUCCAUGGUAAUAUGACCUCUCAACAACAACAGUUCUACGGGCAACGGCGAAUUAGCAUGACAAGCAACAAUGGAAGCCAUGUCGAGCCUAUUUGCUCACAUCCAGAGCAAAUGGCCAAUGCACAAGACAUGAACAAGAACAACAUGCCUGUGCAAUGGAACGAGGUCAGUUCUGGUUCUGUUGAAACAAAUGCGAGGCUUCCAAAGCAGCAACAACUCAGAGGGAACUUGGCAGUGGUUCAGCAGAAGCAGAAUUUUGGCCCUUACCAGGGCUUUGGCUCUAAUCAACAUAUUGUACCAAUGAGCCAGAAUCUGGCUAACAUGCAACAGGGUUAUCCACAGAGGACCAUCCAGAGGAUGAACUCUGUCCAGCUGUGUCGGCAGUCUAUUACCAAUUCCUGUCAGAAUCUCGGCGAGCAAGUAAACCCUCAACCGGUAUAUCGGCAGGACCUCAAUUUCAACUCCAGUCAACACCUAACAUGCAACAGCAUGGGUCCACAUAAUGGAAGAGUGGUGCAAAACCAACAGACGCAGAAUUUCAGAUCCAACUUUACACAUUUGAAUAACGCCAACCAGCAAAGUUAUGUUCCCCUUACUCAGACUGCCGGUCAAAAUGCAGGCAGAGGACUGAUACAGCCCAGACCUCCAUCCGAGCCCAAACCUUUGAAUAGGCAACACUCAGGGUCAGGUAUGGUUCAGCAGAAUGGUUGCUCCCUGUCUAACGCCAACUCCUCAGAAGCUAUCCCAAAGAGACCAGGUGACUUUGGUCAACACAGCAAUGGGAACGGCACUGUGUACUAUUCAGGAGAGAUCCACAUGUUGGACCCCAGUGUGGAUUAUGGUUCACCCAUGUCCCCGUGCGCAAACCAAGCCCCUGUUGCUUCGGUGUCUACAAUGCCGUCUCCUGGGGUUAAUCAGGUCACCAGCACAGUGGACUCCACUCCAACCCUUGAGCACACUCAAAUAGACUUCGAUGCCAUUUUGGAUGAUGGAGACCAUUCAAGCCUAAUGUCCGGCACCUUAAGUCCGGGCAUUCUGCAGAGUCUUUCGCAGAAUUCCUCACGGCUCACCACCCCUCGUAACUCUGUUACUUUAGCCUCGAUACCGGCAGGUAUUGGCAACAUGGCCAUUGGUGACAUGAGCUCAAUGUUAACGGCCCUUGCAGAGGAAAGCAAAUUCUUAAACAUGAUGGCUUGAGAAUUAGAGAAUUCGUUCAAAAAUCAGGGGUGGCUUUUAAUGUUCUUUAAAUGUAAAGACAUUGAACAAUAAAGUGACAAAGACUAAAAAAUUAACACUAAUUUGUUCUCUAAAGGGGAGAAAAACAUGUUUAUGCAUUAUUUCAUGAGCAAAGGCACUGAAGUACAGUAUCUUGCAGAAGUUAAACUUGCAGCAUUCAGGUGGACACUGUCGAAUACAUUAUCAGACAUUUGCUAACACAACUGUUGUAUGCAACCAGGCUGGCAAAAACCUCAAGAUGAUGUUUCACAAAGCCAUAUAUGUUUUAUGUAAGUUUGUUUGUUAAUGCUUAUUAGUGUACAUCAGGGUAAUGGUUAUUGGACUUGUAUAAGUCUGAUUUUUCCCGUUCUCAACAGUGCACUGAAAUUCACUAAGUGCCUCGCAUUAAAGAAGUAAUACGAUUUAAACUCAUAUAAUGCUAUGUAAUCUGGUAUGUAGCUAAACUAAUAGUUUAUGGGUAUCUUUAUUGCAGUUUGCUGUUUUGUUUAUAGUUAUUCCAUAUCCUUCAUGCUUUAAAUUAUGUGUACUGCAUAUGAACUGCACAUGCUUCUUCAUAAUGUGCACAAUGCUCUAAGGGGAAUUAUACGAAACUGAUGGACAUAAAUGUCUGCACAUUUCCCUGGAGCUGAUCAAUUUCAUCUGUAUUGACAGAUUCCCUCGAAGCAUGCUCCAGGAGUUUCAGAUCUCUGUAGUUGCUUCUCAUCUGGCUGUGUGAUGUAGCAUUACAUCCAUGGACCACAACCUGUGCGUAUAUUAAAGGAAUAUGCAAGUACUCUCAGUGAACAUCGCAUCCCAGUUAACAGGUCCAUCACCCUCUUGAGCUUGUGAUAAACCACAGGCCCGAACUAAAAUGACUUCUGCCUUUGAUUUGGGACCGAUUUAAUUCCCACCAAGGACAGAGCGUUUCUGAAAGUCUGAACUAUUGGAGUUGGUUGGUAUUUUGUGAUGCCAUUUGCAGUACUCAGCAUAUGUAUAGCUUUUGUACAUUUUCAAUACAGCAUCUUAAUUUUUCUGUUUA